GCAAGGGAUUGCACUCUGCACAUGCUCAGCUGCCCGAGGCCCCCGGAGGCGCUUGCAAGCCGCAAGCCAAGUAGGGAAGGCGGCGGGGCGUCUCCAUCCCUCUUCUCUCCCUCCCUCGGUUUGGGCGGCCGCUGCGUCCCUGCUCUGGCAGACAGCGGUAGCACCGGCUACAGCCGCUGGGCGCUCCAGAGGGGCUCGCUUUUCGCCGCUCGCCCGCUCGCUUCUCCUUCCAACAAUGGACCUGAUCGGGGCCCUGGAUCUGGGCGAUUUGGCGGCCGCCUUCGCCCGCCUGCCUGUCUUCCCUGUCUUCGACUUGGGCUACUUCGUAGUCUCCCUCCUCUACCUCAAGUAUGAGAAAGGUGCAGUGGAACUGUCCCGGAACAGCCCCUUCGCCUCUUGGGUCUGUGCUAUGCUGUAUUGCUUCGGUAGCUAUAUCCUUGCUGAUCUGCUGCUCGGAGAAUCCCCUAUUGAUUACUUCAGCAACAACUCCAGCAUACUUCUGGCCACAGCUGUCUGGUACCUAAUCUUCUAUUGCCCGUUGAACUUAUUUUACAAGUGUGUCAGCUUUCUGCCUGUCAAACUGAUUUUUGUGGCGAUGAAAGAGGUAGUCAGAGUUCGCAAGAUCGCUGCUGGUGUUCAUCAUGCCCACCACCAUUACCACCAUGGUUGGUUCAUUAUGGUCAUCAUUGGAUUUGUCAAAGGUUCUGGAGUUGCUUUGAUGUCCAACUUUGAGCAAUUGCUGCGGGGUGUCUGGAAGCCAGAAACAAAUGAGUUGCUUCAUAUGACCUUUCCAUCCAAAGCCAGUCUGUAUGGAGCACUGCUCUUCACCCUUCAGCAAACCCAGUGGCUUCCCAUCUCCAAAGCCACCCUUAUCUUCUUCUUCACUAUUUUUAUGAUCAUCUGUAAGGUAUUCUUGACAGCAACUCACUCCCAUGGCUCCCCACUUGCCCCUCUGGAAAAUGUGGUGUGUCCCAUCCUCUUUGGCUCUGCGUUUGGCAGUCAUGAUAAUCAUCACGACCAUCAUCACCACCACCAUCACCAUCAUGGAGGCUCGCAGGAGCCAUCCCUUCCGUCACCACCUCAGAUGCCAGCCAAAUCAAGGGAGGAGCUCAACGAAGGAACCCGGAAACGGAAAGCCAAGAAAGUAGAAUGAGCAUCAAGAAGGCUGAUGGAUCCAUCUGAACCACCGCAACUUUGCUGCAAACCUUGUGUGACUUGUGGCCUUUCCAAAGACAUGGUUGGAGGAGGCUCCCAGGAAGACCACUCCUCUUCUUCUGGCCCCUGCCAUGGUUUUCCUGGCCUGUCACCUGUGAGGCGCAGAACUAAUGACCUUUCAUUACAGAUUCUAGCUCAGCCUUUCCUGUCCUCUUGGUCUCCUCCCCUUCCUAAGCUGCACCAGUGGAAAAGCUGGAAUGUGUUUUGGUGUCUCCUCCAUAUGGCAGAGAGAUAGAGAGAGAGCUUCUUACCUGCAAAACAACCCAGGGAUCUUCAACCCAGGCCAUCAUUACAGGACCCUAAGGCCAUUGAUACUUUUCAAGGACAGAGAGGCGUUCCAGAUGGAGUGACUGGCAUUUUGCUCUCUACAUCAAUACUUUGGAUGUCUUACUUGGUUGCCAGUUGUAUAAAGGCCUUGCGCAUAGGAGAAGACCAUUGCUGCUGCUGCUGCUGCUGCUGCUCUUUGGGCUGUUGAUAUUUGUGUAUGUGUGUUAGCAUGUUGCCAUUUGUAUAUACCUCUCCAAAGUUUGAUGAGUUUUGCUGUAGGGAAGGAAACCAAAGCAACUACUGAGUGUUUCAAUCCUAGCCACUUUGCCAAACACUGUGAGACAUGCAUGUAAAUUAUUUAUUGAUUGAUGCUCCUUCCCCCUGGAUAAUUAUUUAUUGUUGCCAAGGAUUUUAAGCAGUUUGCUUUCUCCUACUAUGUCUCUUCUGCAAACAGUUGGGUUGUUUCUAGUGAACUGAUUUGGAUUCUGUGGUUGUUUUGCUCCUUUGAUUAAGAGAUGAUAAAAGUGAAUGGCUAUUGGCAGAGGGGAGUAUUAGCUUCUAGGCACUAUGUAAGCCUGUAGGAUGCCUAAAGAAUUAUUGCGUAUGAAUUAUGGUUUAUUUACCAGAUUUUGUCUAGGAAGCUAGACUAUGAAUAAUGGAGCCAUGGUGAGCAUCGGCAAACUUCCCUUCUUGCCCCAAAGUAGCCGGUUGCCAGCUGGUUGUAAUCCUGAGAUUACAAAGAAGACUUAAACUCUGGUUGGGGCAUAGAAGGAGACUCUGAGUGGCUGUCACAGGACUUCCCCUGCUUAUCAUUUAACUCUGACAAAAACAUGCCACUGAUGAGUGGUGGUAUUCAGCUGGUUCAGACCGGUUCGGGAGAACCGGUAGUGGUGACCUGCGGGUGUGCCUGCUCAUCUGCCCCGGCGUUAUGCCAUCCUAUUUAGCCACAUUUUCUAAGCCCCACGCAUGUGUGCCAACUACUCGCAAUUUUGGUGUGCGGCGAACAGGUGGUAAAAUUAUGUGAAACCCACCUUUGGGCCUCCUGAUGUUGCCUUCAACUUCUCCACAUCGCAUCUCUGAGGCAACAAAGUCAUCCUUAGGUGGUGGUCCAGUGUAAAAGUGACGUUUUAUUCCUUUAAGCAGUAGUUUUAUUGUAAGCUAGGUGCAAUCUGGCACGGUUCACCAGCCAUUCUGUCAGGAGUGCAGUGCUUCCUGGUGACCUACAGUAUAUGGGUUGAGGUCAGCCAAGCACCUGUAGUAGACCAUUUGAAGUAGUGCAGUGUUACUCUCUCUGCCAAGUCCCCAGACACAGCUCUCCAGGAUGAUUGUAAUCUGGACAGUAGAUGGGUUUGGUUCUUUCAAAAUGGGCUCUUCCAUCCUGUGAACCAAUCCCUGACUAGCAAUAGCAGCGGAAAGGGCUGCACUGUGAAGCAGAAGGGAGAGAGAGACAGGAAUAGCUCUCUGUCUCUCUGCUGCACUCUUCAUCCUCUGCUCAACUCUUUCCAUGAGAUGGGCGGCAUAUAAAUUUAACAAAUAAAUAAAUAAAGCUAUGUGUGGCAGCUGUUUUUCAAACUGCUUUGGAAUGUGGGUUUAUUCUUCUUCUAAGGAAAGCACUAAACCUAUAUUCUAAAGCAGACUGAAAAGAGUUGAUAGAUGCAGGUAAGUUAUUAUGCUCUGAAAUGUCAUAGAGCAGGGGUCUCCAAUCUUGGUCUCUUUACGACUUGUGGACUUCAACUCCCAGAGUUCCUCAGCCAGCUUUGCUGGCUGAGGGACUCUGGGAGUUGAAGUCCACAAGUCUUAAAGGGACCAAGGUUGGAGACCCCUGUCAUAGAGGAAGACAAUCUGACAAGUACCAGAUUCGAUGGCUGAUGUUUCGAUAUUAGUAAUUUGAGCUGAUCCAGGUUUCCAAACCGGGGAACAUCUAGUGAAUAAGGAGGCUCCUCUUUCCUUUCUUCUGCUGCUUCUUGCCAUCUAGGCAAUUGAUCUCCCAGUUGGAAGAAGUGACAGAUGCCGUAAAAGGAGGAUGAAUUCUGGCAAUUUUCUGAACCGGCAGAUCUACAGUAGUGGCCAAAAUUGUGGAAACCUUUUGGGAAAAGUGUAUUUUCUAAAACUAGCUAAUGACACCACUUUUUGGGGGAAGUAGUACCUUAAAAUUAUAUUAUCAAUGGAAAGAUAAUUUAAUCAAGAAUGUAAUGCAAUAACUUUUAUGAAGGAUUUGCUAUCAGAAUAGCAGUUAAAAUAUAAAGAAGAAAAGUGAAACACGUAGAAAAAAUGAGAUAUAAAAUUAUCACCAUAGAAAAAAAAAUGAGAUAAACAAAAAUUAUCAUGUCAGUUAAUACUUAGUUGGGUAACCUUUAGCAUGAAUUUAUUUAUUUUAUUUAUAUUUAUUUAUUUUAUUCAAUUUUUAUACCGCCCUUCUCCCGAAGGACUCAGGGCGGUGUACAGCCAAAUAAAAAUCCACAAUAUACACAUUAAAACAAAAUUAAAACAAAACAUAUUGCAGGGUGGCCGAAAUUUAAAACAAUUUAACAAACCUUAAAAUAUAAAUAACCCCAAUUAAAAUUUAAUAAAACUUUUAAGCCAGUCCCGCUUGAAUAAAUAGGUGCGUUUUCAGCUCACGGCGAAAAGUCCGAAGAUCAGGCACUUGACGUAAACCAGGGGGAAGUUCGUUAUUACAGCCUUACAAUGUCUUCCCAUGGAGUGAACCAAGUCUUUUAGUUCUGCAGUUGUUAUAAUGUGAAACCAGGAUUGAAUGAUAGCUUCUAUUAACUGGGUUUUAUUGCUGGGUCGCUUCUGACUAACAAGUUUCUUUAGUUGGCUCCAUAGAUUUUCAGUUGGGUUAAGGUCUGGGCUAAUCCCAGGCCAUUUCAGCAGUGGGAUAUGAUUAUCUUAAACCCCACCCACCCCCCAAAAAUGGUGUUAUUAGCCAUCAAACCUCAAAUAUACACUUUUCCCAAAAGGUUUCCACUAUUUUGGCCACUACUGUGGCAGUUCUAGUUUGAGAUCUGCUCAAACCAUUACCAGUCACAACAAUGCUCUGGGUAGGAGGCUGUUUUCCCACAAGUUGGUUAAGUUGUGAAGGUUGGGGGGAGGGAAGGCAGGGGCAAGGAAGGACGCCACUCUCCAGCUACAGACCAGAAUAAAGACAAUGGGGCAUAGCAGUGGGAACAGAUGCCAGAGUAGCUUUCUGUUGGCUCACAGCAUUUUAAUGGCCCCAUAAGGAAUAGCCAUCUAGAAAUAAAAAGUCCUGAUUUUCUUUUUCUCCCUCUGGGGACAAUUGUCUCCUGUUGGAUAUCAGCAAGAGAUGGAACUGAUUGACAUGAAGAAGCAGAAGAGCCUUCCUCCUCCAAGAUGUAUGCUGCUUGGUUAAAAAUACAUCUCAUUAAAAAGUGCCUUUUCCUUAGCAAAUCUCUGCCCCAACCCCUUCUCCCUUUUCCCCAGGAUUUUUAUCCAUGACUAAGAACAGCCAUAGUUUUGUGGAUAUAGCCAUUCUUAAAAUAAAAGCCCUCCAUGAUGUAACUGACUGGAGAAUUGUGCACUUGCUCUGUACAUUUCUGUCUUAAUGUCUUCACAGUACUUGAAGGAAGAAGAUGCAACCAAUGUUUCUUGAGAUCAAGUAUGAAGAUGGGAUGGGGUGGCGAUACCAGGGAUUAAGAAUAGACCCAUUUCUUCCUCUAAAGCAAUUUUUUCUCAACCUUGGCCACUUGAAGAUGCAUGGAUUUCAACUCCCAGAAUUCCCCAACUACCUCUGCUGGCUGUCAGCAAGAGAAUUCCAGGAGUUGAAGUCCACACAUUGUCAAGUGGCCAAGGUUGAGAAACACUGUUCUAAUCCAAGAGCUGGCCAUUUUCUGAACCUCUUUGAGCCUGCCAGAGAGAGUCCACCCUAAAGUUUCCCAUUAGAUUAGAUUAGAUUAGAUUGGAAUUCUUUGUUGGCCAAGUGUGAUUGGACACACAAGGAAUGUCUUUGGUGUAUAUGCGCUCAGUGUACAUAAAAACAAAAGAUACAUUCGCUAAGAAUUAUAAAGUACAACACUUAAUGAUUGUCAUAGGGUACAAAUAAGCAAUCAAAUCAUAUUAGGAAACAAUCAAUAUAAUCGUAAAGAUAUAGCAACAAGUUACAGUCAUGCAGUCAUAAGUGGGAGGAGAUGGGUGAUAGGAACAAUGAGAAGAUUAAUAGUAAUAGUUACAGAUUAUGGCUAUGCAGAGUUCCCUCUAUGGUAGCUUUUCUUUUUCUUGGUACUUGCUUGCAGCAAUUUUUAGCUGCAGGGACUCUCAGCCCCUUCCUGUUUAGAUAGGGGCCAUGCAGAUUAUCAAGUUUUGCAAGAAAAUUUGGGGGGGGAAAGUUCAGCCUGAAACCAAAAAUAUAUUUCUGCAGUCUUUCCGUUCUUCCUAAAGUCCUUUCUUUCCAUGCCUGGCACUAUCAAAUCUUGCGAACGGCUUACACAAGGAAAGCUGCCGUUUCUUUUUAAUUGUCUCUGUUGUAAUAGUCUUUUUUUAAUAAUUACAGCAGUUCUUUUAUUACUCCAGAAAGAGUAAGCCUUCUCAAAUGCUCUUCGGACACAUUGAACUAAGGUUCCUGUGAUUUGCAUUCAAUUCAUAUUCGCUUCAACUUAUGAAAUGAUACAGUAAUACAGAGUGUUUCCCAAAUGCUCUGUUAUUUUGUAAAUAAACAUGUAAGAAAUAUCUUGUUCUGCUUUUCACACUUCUCCAAGCAACCAUUCUCUCUAAAAGUGCAGAAUUCUUUUGGAUUUGGUGGACUCUUUAGAGAGGCGGUGAAAAGUUUACAACUAUUUUAACCUUUUAUUUGUAUCUCUUUCUGAACCAAAAGAUAUGUAUCAUUGGUGAUGUCAUUAAGUUCUUGGAGUGGACUUAUGAGAUCCUUUACAGAUCUUCAGUAAUGGCUAUACUGUAAGUGUCAAGCUCCAAAAACCAAGAAAGACACAUUGUGAUUUUUCCUAGCAGAUUUCUUUAUCAUUCCUUAUUCAUAGACAGACUUUUAUUUAUUAAUUUUUUUGCCCCCAUCUUGUCACAAUGAAAGCAGACUACCAGCCAUAUAAAGCAUAUCCUCUGGGAACUAUUAGGGAGGAGCCAUCUUCAACCUCUUUCUCUCUCACAAAGUAUCUGAACUGAGUUAUCUCUUGCUCCUCUGGAAUGCACUCCCUGUCUCCUGGGAAUCCAGGCUACAUUCCAUUACAGUAAGUCUCUAGCGGGGAAAUUACCAUAGUCUUUCCUUGGUUGUUUAAAUGCUUUUAUUUAUAUUUUUAUUGUCUACUUCUCCAUUAUUUUUAUUAUUUUCAUUUCUGAACCACCCAGAGUUGUCAGGAGUCAAGCAGCAUAUAAUUUUAAUCAACGAAUUAAUAAUAAUUCUACCCAUAAGCUAUUGCAUGCUCCAAGUGUUGUUGGGAUAGAGCUUGCAAGUCUUGGGUUAUCAGAUGAAAAAUCCAAAUGACCAUUAGAAAGAUUUCAAAGCAAAGAAUUACAUUUGCUUGUAUUUGUUUACUGUCUUUCUAACAAUUCUCUGGGUGCCUUCUGUUCAGUUCUGAUAACUGCUAGUGAUUUCAUUCUUUCUCAUGUGGAGAACCAAACACGGCAAUGUCUUUCUACAGAAGGCUUUUUUUAAAGAAAUCUGUUGCAGAUCAUAUGCUUCUGUGGAUUAAAGGUAAACAUUCCCCUCGCACAUAUGUGCUAGUCGUUCCUGACUCUAGCGGGUGGUGCUCAUCUCCGUUUCAAAGCCGAAGAGCCAGCGCUGUCCGAAGACGUCUCCGUGGUCAUGUGGCCAGCAUGACUAAACGCCAAAGGUACAUGGAAUGCUGUUAUCUUCCCACCAAAGGUGGUCCCUAUUUUUCUACUUGCAUUUUUACGUGCUUUUGAACUGCUAGGUUGGCAGAAGCUGGGACAAGUAAUGGGAGCUCACCCUGUUAUACAGCACUAGGGAUUCGAACCGCUGAACUGCUGACCUUUUGAUCAAUACGCUCAGCGUCUUAGCCACUGAGCCUUUGUGGGUUACAGAAGCAUAAAUCAAAGAGUUGGAAGAGACUACCAAGAUCACCUACUCCAAUCUUCUGACUUGUGCAGGACAAUUGAUUAGACUAUGCAUGAAAGGGGCUCUUCAGCCUCUUUUUAAAAAACCUCCAGAGAUUGAGACCCACAGCCUCCAUAUG